GACUUGCUCUCCUCAGUCCAUUUCUGUUGCUAUUCUGAUUUGUCAAGGAGGAGCUGAAGCAACAGACUUUGUUUGAGCAUCGUUGUUCUGUGGACGAGGAAGAUGGUGGCGUUUUCGUUUCUUUGCGCUCUGUGCAUUUGGAUGACUACUGUAUGCAAUUCUACAGGAACUGGAAUUAUUUAUCACAUUCCAAGCAUCACUUUGCCGCGUCCGCGCAUCAAGUCAGAGCAGACCAGCACUGGACCACCGGGCACCGGGUCCCGUACUCAGCUCAGAAACUGGUGUCAAUAUACAGUUUCCAAGACAGUGACCUGUCAAGUACACAAUGGAACAGAAACUUCUGUGCAAAGAGUGGUUCAAAGUUGCAGAUGGCCCGGACCCUGCUCAAAAGUUGUUAGUUACAGAACUGUUAUCCGACCAUCCUUUAAGACCGCCUAUAAGCAGGUCACUGCUCUGGAGUGGCGAUGCUGUCCAGGGUUUGUUGGAGAGGAGUGCAGAGAAGAGUGCCUGAACUGCACAUCAUUCUCUCAAAUGAACAACAGAAUUGACAGCAUUGAAUUAAAGAUCAAAAGUUUGGUGGACAGACUUCCAUUGGGACCAGCAGUGAACAGUUUAUCUCAGGGGUCCACUGACAACGAGGUGGAUGCACAUCAUCCUACACCACCAUCAUACGUGCCCUCAGUUAGCAGUGGAUCCCCAGGACCAGUGGGUCCACCAGGGCCUUCUGGUCCUGCUGGACCUGCAGGUCCUCCAGGUCCUCCAGGAAGAUCCGGCCUUCCUGGAGUCAUUGGACCUAAAGGAGACAGGGGUGUCGCAGGCGAGAAGGGUGUUCCAGGACCUUUAGGUCUUCCUGGUCCUCCUGGUCCUCCUGGUCCCCCAGGACCUGGCUUCUCUCCCAUUCAAACCAGAGGCGAUGUUUUUCAAGUGAACACCCAGACUUUCCCCCCUCCUCAGGUGGUUGUUGGUCCAGCUGGCCCUACCGGCCCUGCAGGUCCUGUAGGACCCAGAGGACCCGAGGGGAUACCAGGGAUUCCUGGACAAGACGGGAAACCAGGUCCUCAAGGCCUAACCGGUGUCCAAGGACCCAAAGGAGACCAAGGGGAAAGGGGGUCUCCUGGUGUCGCCGGCGAGAAGGGUCUACCUGGACCACCAGGGUCAAAGGGUGAACCAGGAGAAGUUCUGAAUGAGAGUGAGGCUGUGCAGCAGCUCAGGGAAGCUCUGAAAAUCCUGGCGGAGCGAGUUCUGAUACUAGAACAUAUGAUUGGUAUUCACGAAAACACUGAAGGAUCUGGUUUUGGCAGUAUCUCUGACCCUUUGUCUUUGCCGUCCAUUAAGAUUAAGCGCCUGCCACCUAUUCAAAAGCCUAAAAAAACUCAAGUACAAAAUGAGAGACAGAGACGAACCUCAUUCUAAAAGUAAGCUAUUUUAAGUGUGUAUUUAAAGUACUUUAAGUAUUGCAAAUUACCCUUUCAGGACACCCAUUUUUUAGGAUGGAUAAAGGAUGAUGCAUAAUGUAUUGUUUUCUGUUUUUUUACAUUUUAGGAUUUAUUGACCUAGUUAUGAUAAUAGCCAUUGUAUAUCUUUGUAUUUCUUUAAAGACCUGUUGUAAAUAUGGUAUUGUUUUUUUGUGUAAACCAGUGCAGUAAUUAUAUGAUUUUGAACAUUGAAAUAUAAUAUCAUAAACAGUAUUUAAGGGUUUCUGUCUGGAGAUAAAAGACUGCUUACAAAACACUCCACUUUUGUUUAGCUGACGACACUGUUUAAUGUUUUGGCCCAAAGUGGAGGUUCGUCUCAUGUCAGCCGUGUCUAUUGUCUAUGUGUCUAGUUAAAGUGAUGUAAAACAGGACAGUCUGCCAAGGAGAUCUGCCUCAAAUCUGGGGAAAGCGUUUGCUGGAUAAAAACCAAAAGGAUGCUGGAUCUUUUCCUUUGGACAAGUCCUCACAUGCUCUUGGCCUAGACCUGUUAAUGUGCUUAGGGAUUUGAAACUUAAUGAUGUCUCAGUUACUACAUAGAAGUGUCUCAUUCAAAUCAAUGGAUUGAGGGUGUCUGGGAGGCUUUUUGAAAGUAGAUCAAUCUUUUUUUACUACGUGUUUACUUCGCCUGGCUAGAAAUUCGGCUUGUAUAGAGAAAUCUAUAAAUGUAUGGCUGAUCUGGAUCGCAUUUACCCUGUUUACAAAUAGUGUGAAACAGAAUUUUUUGUAUUAUUAUGGACCUUCAGUAUUGUGCAAGGUGUAUGUGUUUAUAUGGAAGCUCAUUAGGUGUACAAGUGAGCUACUCCUUUAUUAGGAUGUGAAAACACAACACUUCACUAAUUACUUUAAAUGUCAGAAAACGGCUCUUAAUAUUUUUUUCUUGCUUGUUUUGAGGUUUUGUUUAUUUUGAUACAUUGAUGUGCCUGUGUUGGUUCAUAGCCUCUUUUAUUAACAACCUCCAACGUUUGCAUAGUGCUGUCUUCUUCAAUGUUGUUUCUGUCUAUCUGAAACACAUAAUGAGGGCAUGACUGCUGGAAGAAAAGCAGUCACUUAAUUGAUUCACUGCAUGUUUCAUUAUCUUUUAUACAACAUCUUCAAGUCACUUUGUUUUUCUUCCAUUUAUAGGACGUUGUAACCACGAGAUAUUAUUCUGUGUUGAUUGAAUGAUUAAAGCACACGACAACAAAAGGG